AAUAUGGAAUAUUUCUCCAUGCUAAGAAUAUGGAAUCUUUCUCCAUGUUUCGUGGGUGGUGUUGAAAUGUUGACAAUUGAAUACGCCGAAAUAUAAUGGAGCCAACUUAAGCAAAUAGCGAGAAUAGGGGGUAUGGAACCGGCGAUAUAAAAUAAUAACUACUCUUGUGAAGCAGAAUUUGGCUUGACUGAAUGAAGUCGGGAGCGAAACGUCAAACGUCAAGCGUUCAGACGUGGAUGAAGAGUGGAGUUCUAGUGUUUAUGUUUGCCGGCUAGCUGUAGGAGUAUAUUUUGUAGGUAGACUUCCGUGGGAAUAGGAGAAACAUUUUGUCGGGGCACGAUGAAGUGCGUUUUGUGGUUAUUAAUUGUAUUAUGUACUUGUUUGCUAUCAUUUGAGUGUGCUGCUAGCACAGCUGGUUUAGAAACUGUUGACGAUGAAGAACUUAUGAAUUUAUUCCGAAACGAAAAAUAUGUUGUGGUUUUAUUUACCAAAAAAGACUGUGAAGAAUGUGAUAAAUAUGAAAAUGAAUUAAUUCACCUACGUGAAGAUUUAGUUGAUACAUUAAAUGCUUGGGUGGUUAAAGCCCAUAACAGUCAGUUGGUUCGAUUAUACAAUCCAUCAAAAGAGCCAGCCUUGGUGUUUUUCAGGCAUGGGGUACCUCUAUUAUAUGAUGGUCCCUUGGAUGACGAACUAAUUCUUCAUACAUUUACUUCAAACAAGGAACCAAAUGUUAAAGAAUUAUCUGAUGAAAAUUUUGAACACUUGACUCAAGCAUCUAGUGGAGCUACAACAGGAGAUUGGUUUAUCAUGUUUUACAGCACUGAAUGUGUUGACUGUCAGAGGUUGCAGGCACGCUGGGAAGCUGUAGGUGCGAAAUUGAAAUCUAGAAUGAAUGUAGCUCGUGUUAACAAACAGACCAUUGGGGCUGUAACAGGGCGGCGAUUUAAUGUUAGAGACGUACCAUCAUUUAUAUUGAGUGUCACCUCAAGUUUCCGCCAAGGCAAGAUGUACAGAUACAACAUUCCUAAAUACGAUGUAGCUUCAUUUGCAGCAUUUGCAUCUGAUUGGUAUAAAAAUGCUCGCAUGGAAAUUGUUCCUGUUCCAAAGUCACCUUUUGAUGACUUCACACAAAUGAUAGCAGAUGCAUUGAGAGAUAACCCUGUAAUUUGGAAGGUUGGAUCAGUUUUAUUUGGCAUUUUAACCAUUUACACAAUCAUUAAGCAACUUCAAUCCAAGAAAAAGACUGCUACAAAAAAAGUAAAGAAAAGCAAGUAAAACGUGGAAGAAACUUAACUAUGGUUGGAUCUCUAGUGAACUUAAUAUUGUACUCCAAUGGACUUUACAAUAUAUUUUUAUACUAUUCUCUUAAUCUGACUACCUCUGUGUCAAUGAUAUUUGUUGUAAAUUCCAUUCUGCAUUUAUGUUCUUUCCUGAAAUACUGCUUUUCUGUAACUUCAUUUUUUAUCUCUGAUCUAUAACUGAUAACUAUGUAAUUCAAUUAAUUUUUCCACAUUUUUGUACUACAAAUGUUUUUAUUUUUCAUUGUAAAUUCUAAUUCUUGAACAGCAAUUUUUAUGUGUUGUAUAAUUUGUUUGAAUUAUUUUUUAUAGUGUUGGUGAAAACAAAAGAGUGACACAAGAUAUAUUAAAGAAAUUGUUUUUUGAAAUAA